AUGGCCGGAAAGGAAGAGAAUCGAAUUUUUGUGGGAGGUUUGUCGUGGGACAUCACUGAACGACAGCUCGAGACUGCGUUUAAUCGCUUUGGCAAAAUCGUCGAGAGUCAGAUUUGGCUUUCCAGUUAUGGUGGAUCUGUAUUCAUGGAUGAUGUACUGGGGAGUCCAACUGAAAUUUGUUACCGUCACAAAGAGAAUUGUGAUGGUUGCCUAGUGCCGUUUGAUUAUCACUCUACGGAUAAGUUUUCAGAGCAUGGACAUGGCUUGUAUACAUUGAUUAAAUCGCACACUGCAUCCUGCAUUCCAGCAUAUGUAGGUCACCCUGUUCGUGGACUUUGUUUGUUUGUAAAUCCUCUGCAUUUGCUUGUGUCUAUUGGAAGCCUCUGGAGUCUUAAGUUAUUUGAUGACCUAGGCUGGAAUGUGAUCGUAUUCAGUAGAACACUAGCAGAGGUAACCAUCUUUUGUGGGAUGUUUGCUGAAGAUUGGUGCAUUCAAGUUUAUGGAGGGCAUGUGAUGGUUAUUAUGGAACCCCUAUCUUGGAUUCUGUGGGAAAUAGUGGUCAGAGGUAUGUUUACUGCGGGUGUUCUCGGACUUGUUUCACCUGAAUUGAUUGAUCUUUCAUCAUCAUCUCCCGGUUCGAGUAUGCACAUUAUAAUUAUAAUGCUUAAGCUGCUGCCUGCUCUUCUUACAUUUAUACAAUUGCUUGCCAUCACGCUUUCCUAUCUGGUGUUUCUGCAGGUGAUGUUGGAAAGAGAUACAGGCCGUCCACGUGGAUUUGGAUUUAUUACAUUUGCGGAUCGUCGAGCCAUGGAUGAUGCUAUCAGGGAGAUGCACGGACGAGACUUUGGUGACCGUGUCAUCUCAGUGAAUAAGGCCCAACCUAAAAUGGGAGGAGAUGAUGCAGACCAUGGCUACAGAGGAGGCUACUCAACUGGCAGCAGAGGAAGCUAUGGGGGAGGAGACAGACCUGCUGGACAAGAUGAGUGCUUCAAGUGUGGACGUUCAGGGCACUGGGCUAGAGAUUGCCCUUCUGCUGGUGGCCGAGCUGGCGGUGGAGGCUUAUUUUCUUCUCGUUCUAGGUUUGGAGGGGCUGGAGAUCGUGGGGAUCGUUUUGGAGGAGAUCGUGAUCGAUACAUGGAUGACCGCUAUGAUGGGGGUCGCUAUGGUGAUAGGGAUCGUUUUGACAGUAGAGACAGCAAAUAUGGGGGACGUGAUCGCUACGCUAGUGACAGGUACCCACCAAAUGGAGAUCGAUUUGCUGGAGAUAGGUAUGGUGGGUCAGAUCGCUAUGCACAAAAUGGUUAUGGCAAAGAUAGAGGCUAUGAUAGGGAUGGGGGUCCACGAGGUGGCAAUGAUAGGUAUGGAGGCGGAGGGCCUCCACGCAAUGAUAGGAGUUACAGGAACAGGCCAGGACCUUAUGACCGCCCCAGCAGAGGAGGACGCCCGUCUUCCUUUGAGCGCUACUAA